AUGUCCGUCUCUGGAUUUUCCGUCCAACACGACUUCGAAGUCCAGGAGUAUAACAAGCGCCGCGCGACUUGGAAAGAGUCCGAGAAGAAGAGAAAGGAGGAAGUCAAGUUGCUUCGAGUGCAAGCCAAAGCGAUUCGGGAGGCGGCGCUGCAGCAGCUGAAAGUCCUCGGUGUUGGUGAACAGAAGAACAUGAGAGCCGCGUUCGGAUGGAUCCGCACCAGUCGCAGGGAGAAGUCGGAAAAGGGGCCCACAUCCAGGCUGACCGAGGGAAAGCUCCUCGAAGAUGACUCCGACGGUGAUUCUGACGAGAUCACACUGACUGACGCGCUGGCUGCAUGA